AUGUACCGUUCCACCAGAGUAAUCCGUCCUGCAAGCAAUGCCUUUGCGCUAUGUACUCGUGUCUCUACCCAGGGCUCGUUGUUGCCUUCACCUGCCAUACGCCAGCUGACAGUCCACACACGGUCCCUGAACUCGGGUAGUUCAUUUGCAUUCGUUGCCAACAAACAAGUCUCGAACACUGGGUCGCGAAGCUUAUCUAGCUCCCCACUUGUUGGCGCCUCCAAAAUUCUGGCUUUGGCUGUUUCUAGUAGCAUGACAGGCUCCGUGUUUUUUAAGAAGCCUGUCUCAUGUCAAGGAUUUGCAACCCAAAAUGUCGGUAUAGGUUCAGCAGCCGAUGCUCUUGAUGCUCUUCAACAAGAAGCUGGCAUAACAACCAAAAGCAACAAGAAACUUAUUCACAAAGGUGAAAUUGCCUUUGGCACUGUCCUUGGUGUUUGUGUUGGAUAUUUGGUGAAGCAAGCUGGUAAACUGGUUGCCCUGGCAAUCGGUACCGGGUUUGUGUUUUUGCAGUACUUAUCUUAUAAUGGAUUUAUUACUGUUCACUGGGAUCGCUUAGAGGGUGGCUAUAAGAAGGGAUUUGAUGUGGAUAAGGAUGGUCGUGUCACUGUAAAGGAUCUGUCUUCCAAGUGGAAUAAGUUUAUAGGCUUCUUGACACAUAAUCUUCAAUUCAAGUCAACAUUUUUAGUUGGUUUCUAUGCAGGUAUUCGUUACGGAUAAAAUAAUAAAGCCUGUAUAUAGUGUGUCACAAGCACGAAAUC